CCGCGCCGAUGGCCAACAAGGCCACAGAACCUCGUGUCCCCAUGACCCUGCAGAGGUCACGUCUGAAGGCCGAGGAGAAGACCCUGGACUUUGAGUUUGAGGUGGUGAAUGUGCAGUUCAAUAAAACGGGAAGAUAUGCCCUGAGGUUGACUGUGGAGAACCUGCUGCUGGAGGGGUCUGGGGCUGGGGUGAAGCUGCGGGUGAAUGAGGGAGACGCCCAGUACACCACCGUGGGGACCACCGACAUCAUUGAGCAGAGCAACCCCAAUGAGAUCUGUUCCUUUGAGAGGAGGAAAUUUAUCUUCACUCUGCCCAAAGGAUUCUGCAAAAAUGACAAGAACCACGAUGUGCGGCUCCGGAUUGAAGCUCUGCAGCUCCGUGGUGCCUCCAUAAAGAACAGCCUCCGGGCAGGGGAAGCCUUCUUUGCCAUCUAUCCUCGCACGAACCAGCCCCGGAUCAACCUCUUUGCCAAGAAGGAUGAGGAUCUGUACCGUUACGACGAUAUCAUGGCGCUGCUGCGGGUGGGCAAUGAUAAGCUGGCAAUGCAUUGUGGGAGACUGGCCUACAGUGUGUGCUUUCAUGAGCACCACCCACCCGUACCAAAGGAAAGACAUGGUUCAUCCCAUCAGCUUUCACCCCAGCCAUCCACAAAGGAAGAGGGGGCAAAAACACCACGGACAUCAUCCCUGAUGCCCCUGAAGUCACUGGGAACCCCCUUGCAAGGUCACUCACAUGUUACUCCAGGAACAUCCACAGACUCUCCUAGCCAUUUGCCAGCUGUGGACCUCCACACCUCCUUACCAGAGCCUCUCUAUGGCAAUCUAGGGAUGAUAGAGAUAAAAAUGGAGGCCUUGGAAGUCCAGGGAAUGAAUCCUAUAUUGGAAGUGAAACAAAAUGUGUCGGCUGACCCCUGCAUGCUUCCCAGUGACUGGCUUAUGAAGAAAAACCUAGAGAAUUCCUUGGCCUCCAGCUAA